CUUUCAGGGAGACCAAUCUGCGUCGACAAAAAUGCCAGUCCAGUGUGACGUUUGUCAUACGGAACUCGCUACUCGACAAACCUUCGCUGAUCACAUGAGAAGACACACAGGGGAUACACCUUAUGACUGCACUGUGUGUGAUAAGAAAUUCACGCAAAAUUCGCAUCUCCGUGCACAUUUCCGAACUCACACGGGCGAGAAACCAUUUGAGUGCACUGUGUGCAACAAGAAAUUUGCGCAAGCCGGUGACUUGAGACGGCAUCUACUAACGCACACGGGCGUGAAACCAUUUGAGUGCACUGUGUGCAGCAAGAAAUUUAAGCAAGCCAGUAAACUGCGUCAGCAUCUACUAACGCACACGGGCGAGAAACCAUUUGAGUGCACUGUGUGCAACAAGAAAUAUGCGCAAGCCGGUGACUUGAGACGGCAUCUACUAACGCACACGGGCGUGAAACCAUUUGAGUGCACUGUGUGCAGCAAGAAAUUUAAGCAAGCUAGUGAACUGCGUCAACAUCUACUAACGCACACGGGUGAGAAAUCAUUUGAGUGCACUGUGUGCGACAAGAAAUUUGCGCAAAAUGCGCAUCUCCGUGCACAUUUCCGAACUCACACGGGCGAGAAACCAUUUGAGUGCACUGUGUGCAACAAGAAAUAUGCGCAUUCUAGUCAUUUGAGACGACAUGUACUAACGCACACGG